AUGGAGCUCUACACACUCUAUUUUGGAGCCAUGCUCUCCCUCAAUGGUGUUGCCCUGUACUAUCGCUAUCAGCGCGCCAGGCAAGAAAGUGUUCAAGAAUCGAUUGCCCUCCCAGAGACCACGUACAAAGACGCCGCAAGCCACUUCAGGACCACUUACUUCGGUGUCUAUAUCCUUGCAACCGCCGCAGACUGGCUGCAGGGACCGUAUUUGUAUACGCUGUACAAGGACUCCAUGGGACUUCCCGAAUCAACCGUUGCGGCGCUGUUCACGACAGGCUUCCUUGCGGCAGCCAUCAGCGCCAGCUUCGUAGGAACACUUGCUGAUACAUACGGACGGCGAUCUGCCUGCAUUGGCUAUUGCGUCUUUUACUCGCUAUCAUGCCUUACGGUCCUUAGCGAAGAUGUCCUGAUCUUAUUCGUUGGACGUGUGCUUGGCGGCAUGAGCACGACGCUGCUCUUCUCGGUCUUUGAAACUUGGAUGAUUGCCGAGUAUAAGAGACAAGAGCUGAGUGCGAGCGGACUCAAGCUUGGUGAUAUGUUCAGUAUGUCGGUCAUACUGAGUGGUGUCGUCGCAAUCGCGUGCGGCAUCAUUAGUGAAGUGCUAGUGGAGGAGACAGAGACGAAGACGGCGCCAUUCGUGGCCGCGAUCUGUUGCCUAGUAACGGCGGCCGUCACAAUCUCGAGAACAUGGUCCGAGAACUUUGGCACCUCAGCAGACGAGAAGGAAGGUCAGCCAAACGCAGCAACUCUACGCACUGCGUUGGCAGACAGGCGCAUCCUCACUCUGGGCCUUGCAACUGCGAUCUUUGAGGGCUCAAUGUACCUCUUUGUGUUCUUCUGGGCGCCAGCGCUCAAGGCUGCCCGCGCUCAAACAAACCCAUCGGUGUCAGGCCUGAUUAUUGCAGACACGACGAGCCUGCCGUUUGGGCUCAUAUUCAGCAGCUUCAUGUGCGCAAUGAUGCUCGGCUCGCUGAGCUUUUCGGUACUUCGAAUAACUAGUUACCAGGAAGUCAGCACGCUGCUUUUAACAACGAUAGCACUCGCAGCUAUAGCGCUCUUACUGCCCGUGCUGGCAAAGUCUGAAGCUUGUGUGUUCUGGAGCUUUGCUCUAUUCGAGGUAUGCGUGGGCUUGUACUACCCAACCAUGAGCCGCCUGAAGAGCGAAGUGGUCGAAGAAGCCAGUCGAGGGAGAGUGUAUGGCGUCAUGCGGAUUCCACUGAACCUCUUCGUGGUGAUCGCACUUGGCUUGAUCAAAGAAGGCGAAGGGUAUCGUGAUACUGUCUCUGCAGUAUCCGGAGCGCUGCUACUCAUUGCUUUCGCAGCGGUUGCGCAGUAUCUGCAGUGA